AUGACAUCACAAAAAUGGUUUGAUGCUUCAUUUUCAUCACAACCAAUCUGGUGGCAUUAUAUGAUUAUUACAGUGCCGAAAAUACUUGGACGUUCGAAAACUGCUUUUCUUCGUAUCGGAAGUGGAAGUAAUAACGAUCGAGUACCAACUCGAAGCUCAACGACAAGACUUGCUUUGAGAACUGGUAGUAUCGCCAUCGAACUUAGAUAA